AUGAUAUUUAAAAGCGACAGGGUAUAUUAUAAUGCGAAGAAUAUAUUUUAUAGACUGUUAUGUAAAUGUUUGUAAUGAGUUCCUUGAAAUGAAUUAAAACCUAUGUUCAGAUUGUAACAGUAGAGUAUAGUUUGUAUAGUAUAAAUAGUAUUUGUUAUUUUAGGUUAUAUAUCUUCAGAUAGGGCAUGAGAAAUUAUUUCUUAAUGACUGUUGAAAUUUCUUGUAUAUUUACUUUCCAAAGUAUAAUGUCUAUGAAACAUGAUGAAAUAUGUGUUUGCACAAUGAAAGAUAAAUCAGAGGAAGAGGAUACAUCCUCUGAUGUUCCAAUUCCUAUACAAAAUGAUAAAGAUCAUAUCUUUGAAAAUCAAAUAAAUUUUUGCAUUGUGAGUACCUCACUCCCAGAUGUAAUGGAAGAUAAUAUUAAUAGAAGUUCAACAUUUAAUAUCCAAGAUUUGAAAUUGUCAAUGAAUUCUUUCGAAAAACAUAAGUGGUAUCCUGCACCAAAAAUGGCAGAAGAAUUAGCAGCACAAAGAUUCAUAAAGCCUGGUAGUCACAAAGGUAAAGGCCUUGCAGUCUUUACCAGUGGAGGUGAUUCUCAAGGAAUGAAUGCAGCAGUUCGAGCAGUUGUCAGAAUGGGUAUUUAUCUAGGAUGUAAAGUUUUUUUCAUUAAAGAAGGCUAUCAGGGUAUGGUAGAUGGUGGAAAUAAUAUUAUAGAAGCAAAUUGGUCAUCUGUCUCUUGUAUCAUUCAUAGAGGUGGCACAGUAAUAGGAUCUGCUCGCUGCAAAGAAUUUAGGGAACGUGCUGGUCGUAGAACAGCUGCAAAAAAUUUAGUAACUCAUGGAAUAACCAAUUUGGUUGUAAUAGGAGGCGAUGGUUCUCUUACUGGUGCAAAUUUAUUUAAAGAAGAGUGGCCAGAUCUCUUAAAAGAAUUAGCUGAUGCAGGUGAAAUUACUCCAGAACAAGCUGAAAAAUACCAACAUUUACAUAUUGCUGGUAUGGUAGGUUCUAUCGAUAAUGACUUUUGUGGGACUGAUAUGACUAUUGGUACCGAUUCUGCGUUACAUCGUAUUAUUGAAAGUAUCGAUGCUAUUGUUAGCACUGCAUAUUCCCAUCAAAGAACAUUUAUAAUGGAAGUUAUGGGUCGACAUUGCGGGUAUUUGGCAAUUGUGGGUGCUUUAGCGGCAGAGGCAGACUAUGUUUUCUGCCCGGAAUCACCACCUCCUGCUGACUGGCCUGAUAAAUUAUGUAAAAAAUUGGAGCAGGCACGUUGUUUAGGAUAUUAUAAAUUUACAUGUUACAGUGUAUCUGACGUUAGCUUCAAGUUUAUCUUCCGAAGCAUGCUAUUGCUUUAUACCUGAAGUUCCGCCGUCAGGUGAUUGGGUCGAGGAACUUUGCAAAGCUGUGCAACAGGCACGUCCUUGA